AUUUCUCUGCCUUACUUAAUCAACCACACUUGUAUUCCGGCCUGUACACGUGCGCAGCGAGGCCACAAUCGAAGCGGAAUGACUUGGAUUGCGCUGAACGCUUUAGUGACCUAUUCGAGAACAAGGAUGCGGAAGGAUUUCGCAUCAAAUGAGAGAACACCUUUGACCCUCAAUCAUCUUGAUGGGCUCUGGGUGCAUUGGGAAAGCUAAUUUAAUUUGCCUUCCGGACAUUGACAUGCCGUGACUGAUCGCGCGAAAAAAUUCACCGCACGUUUGCCGGCUUCAGUUCGUACUGAGUAGAUUAUAGCGGCACUCUCUAUUUGCCGUCAGCGAAACCGAGUAUAUCGCAGUCCGUGCCAAUGCGUGUAGCGGUAGCCCUCUUUACUGGGCGCCUGCUACAUGGCCGCUCCAGAGCGACCAGGGGAAAGUGGUUUUGCUGUUGGCGUUUCAGUUGAGCCGUAUGGCGAAGGCGCGCGCUUACGCGUCUACGGCGAAAGCAUGUAAGAGGCGCUUCCUGUGUGCGCUGGUUUGCCUUAUUCCACCACUCUAAGUGCAUGACCAUGGAAAUGCAUCGAUGAAAAAAACUCGGGAUCGGUACAGAAAGACAUGGCGUCCUGCCAGCCCGACGAGAAACCUCAUUUGUGCAGCAAUGAAAAGAAUAAGCUGAAUGUGCCGACAUCGUUCCGAUUAGUGUAUCCUUCGAAAGGACUUUCGCCGCCGAAUCUACGUAAGCCUUGUUCGCAAGUGUUGUUGGUCGUCUUACCUUUCGUCAAAGCUGACACAAGUGUCCGCGACGAGUGAUCCCGAUAUCUUUAAAGGGGCACUAAAACGAAAGAAUAAAUCAGUUGAGACUAAUUGUUUGGGAACCCUGCAGGCAGUCAUUUCAAAAUAAUAGUUUGACUAUUAGAUGAAAAAAAUGAACGUCCAAGUACCAAUAUUUGAAUUUCGCGCCGGAAACCCGACGGCGGUGACGCCAGGUAUUCAAAAGUAUGUUUUCGCAUUUGGGCCGCGUUGGCGGAGUAAAGGUUCCUGAAACUUGCCAUGUUUAAUAUUUGGUUCCUUUAGAACACAAUGUAGUCAAUCUGUACCACUGUAUAAUUAAGUAGGCUCUCGAAAAUGCCAUCAACAUCCAUGCCGUCACAGCGAGCAGGUGCGGGAACUAGUCACUGGAAAAAAUUUCAGAGUACCGCAAAGGUCGGGAUUUGACUGGCAACACUGAGCGGCCACCGCCAUAUACCUUCCAAGCCGACUGCGUCGCGGGAAGGCCGCCGUGUUGGAAGAGCUUGAUAUUCGGUGACACAUUCGGUUGAGUGUUUACUGAAGUACAAACACUUUGUGCCCGGAGAUAAUGGUUGCUAAGAACGAAAAUAAAAUGUUAUUUUGUGCGAAGUAAUGCAGGCUGUGGUUGUUUUGCACGCCGAUCGUGUUUACUGCUGGAACUGUGCUAUGAUAGUGGGCAGCAGCUUAGCGCUGCUAUCGGGAGCUUAUGCACACGUUUUUUUUUUUUUUUUCCCCUUCCGCGGAGCGAGCUACGAAGGAACCAUUUCGUCACUUCGAGCCGGAAUGAGGCGAGCUUGUGCUUUUGGGCAUGAACAUCGUGGACCGCCGUCGGCUUCUAUUGAAUGGUUCCAAGCCGGAUGAAACUAACACCUGACAGUGUCACAGCGGCUGGACCAGCCGACCUGGAGGUUGGCAUCAAGUGCAUGGACCACUACUUGGGCGGCAGAGGCGGCGAGACGUUGGCGGCGGCCCGCAGGUGCUUCUCGUCUUCCGAAGCCUCGCUGGCCGACCUCUGCCUGCAGCACACCGAGGUGGGCACAUGGAAGGCCAACAACUCGCUGCCGCCACCGUCACUCACAGGGAUCAUCAGCCUCUCGGGUCUCACGAAGAUGAUGUGCAUCGUGGGCGAGAGCAAGGCCAACGUCCCGAGGUGGCAGUCUGGCUUUUCUAAAUGCUUCCCGAAAGAGGAGGACUGGAUGGCAUCACAAAAAGCGCUGUGGUUUAUCGCGAGAUACCUGCUGUCAAAACAAUGAAACUCCACCGCAUCAAGCUUCCUCACAGAAUGGAAAGGUCCCACAUGAAGGCACAAACAGAGGACCAGGCUCUGCCCAGUAUUAUGCCAAAAAGAAAGCGGGAUGUCGCCAUGUUCACCUGUACAUAACAUAAUAUCAUUCUCUUGUUAAUUUAAUAUUUAAGCCACCUGUGUACAGCUUGUUAGGUUACUGUUAUUUCAGACGCCACUGCAGUAGGCUGAGCUGUCAGAAGCUUUCCUCGAAGCUUUCUCUCUCUUGGAACAUUAAAGUGGAUGUGACCACAAG